AUGCUCAGGAGUGCCAUUGGAAGGAUUUCAGCGGUUGCCCUGCAGAUCCUACCACUCACCAAUGUUGUCUAUGCAAUUGAUCUUGACGUGGAGGACCAGGCAUCAAUCAAAAAUGCCGCGAGUGAGGCCACAUAUGGGAUGAUGACAUAUUACCAUGGCAAUGAGACAGGAGCAAUUCCAGGUGCAUUUCCAGCCUACUGGUGGGAAGGAUCCAUACUGUUCCUGGCGCUGCUCAACUAUUGGCAUUACUUCCAGGAUGAUACAUAUAAUGAAGAACUGAGCAUUGGCCUGCAAUGGCAGGGCGGUGAUAAUGGGGAUUACCUACCGAGCAACUAUAGCCAGUGGUUGGGAAAUGACGACCAAAUGUUUUGGGGCGUUGCAGCAAUGACGGCAGCCGAGUAUGGAUUUCCUGACCGACCGACCGGCUAUUCAUGGCUCGGACUCGCACAAGGUGUUUUCAACAGCCAGAAAACGCCGCCCGAAGGAUGGGACCCAACGACAUGUGGGGGUGGACUUCGCUGGCAGAGAACCCCAAUCCAGGGCGACGGGUACCUGCUCAAAAACUCGGUGUCCAAUGGCGGGUUCUUCCAGCUUGCGGCUCGCCUUGCGGUCUAUACGAAUAAUCAUGAGUACGCAGACUGGGCUAUCAAGACAUGGAAAUGGGCCAUGAAAGUAAACGUCCUCGAUAAAACGACAUGGAAUGUGGCAGACAGUACCAACGCGCAAAACGGGUGCUCAGAUAUCGAUCAUACGGAAUGGACCUAUAACUACGGUGCGUGGAUGACUGGAGCUGCGUAUAUGUAUGUUUAUACAAAAGAUGAUCAGUGGCUUGAAGCCGUGAAAGGGCUCCUCAAAGCCCUUUUCAAGACAUUCGCUUUCCCUCAGAACGGGAAUGUUCUCUCCGAUUGGUCGUGCGAGGUCCGGGAGGAUUGCAACAGAAACAAUAUCCUGUUCAAGGGGAUCACCUCACAAUGGCUGGCAACCAUCGCUCUGUUGAUCCCGGAGCUGGAGGAUGACAUUCUCCAAAAGCUUCAGCUAUCAGCCAAAGGCGCCGCCAAAUCAUGCUCUGGGAAGGGCUCCAACGUAUGUGGCAUUCGCUGGUAUGGAGGCUAUGACGGGAAACCAGGCAUGGAGGCGCAAAUCAGUGCCAGCAACGUCUUCAGCGCUAUCAUGCUGAAGUAUGUCGACAAGAAGAAAGCGAAGCCGCUCACCUCUGAAACGGGAGGAAACAGCACAAGCGACCCAAAAGCUGGAACCGACAACAAUCCGAAGGAUAAGGACAACAGUCUUCCAACUUAUGCGCCCAUCACGACGGCUGAUAAAGCUGGCGCCGGAAUCAUGACAGCUGCCAUGGUUUCGAGCGUAGUAGGCAUGGGGGCUUUCAUGCUUGUUGGGUCAUGA